CCAACAAUUGUCUGUCAAUAUUUUGUGCAAAUGUCAUUGUGUUGUCUGGGAAUUCUGUGAAAAACAGUGUUUGAUUUUCUUCAAUUUCCCACUCUAUUUCAUGCAAUAUCCACGCAAAUAUCCUACAAUUGUGUUCUUGGGAAAGCAAAUAAGCCAUUGAUAGUGAAAAUUUGUGUAGAAUAGGUGGGUGAAUAGGUGAAAAAUGGGUUUAUUUGGAGCUUCGUCACCCUUCGAUGCUGACAUUGAGAAAGCUACUAGUGAGAAAAAUACGACGGAACAAUGGGGAGUGAUAAUGGAUAUAUGUGAUAGAGUUGGAUCGAGUUCCACAAAUGCCAAAGAUUGUCUCAAGUCCAUCAUGAAGAGAUUAGCUCACAAUGAUCCGCAUGUUGUCAUUCAGGCCAUCACACUCCUGGAUGCCUGUGUUAACAAUUGCGGUAGGAAUUUCCACCUAGAAGUGGCCUCUAGGGACUUUGAGAAUGAAUAUCGGCGGAUUGUUAGUAAGAAUCAGGCUCCAGUUACGGGAAAACUCGUGGGUCUGCUGAAGAGAUGGUCCGAGGAAGAAUUCAAGAGUGAUCCUCAGCUCAAUCUCAUUCCCUCAUUUUACCAGAAACUCAAGUCCGAGGGUCUUGAGAGUAGCGAACCUGUGGUUCAGCCCAAGGCACAGGCCACUUUUAGCAAGGAUCCAAACGUUGUGCAGAGUCAGCAGGAAGCUGAUGACAUAGCAAAGGCCAUUGAAUUGAGCUUGAAGGAGAGCAAGAAUUCCUCUCCGAAGGCUUCAGCCGGAGCCACAUCCUCUUCAACUGUCCUCUAUCCUCUGAUCGGUAUGUCCGGAGGUUCUUUUUCCACUCCCUCAUCCAAUGCCCAAGCCCCGGAACCCCGGAAAGUACGAGCCCUCUAUGACUUUGAAGCGGCCGAGGACAAUGAACUGACGUUCAGUGUUGGAGAGAUAAUCCAUGUCCUGGAUGACAGUGAUCCCAAUUGGUGGAAAGGGUAUAAUCAGCGCGGAGAAGGACUCUUCCCCUCAAACUUUGUCACAGCUGACCUGAGUGUGGAGCCUGAAUCUCUGCGCCUGGACAAAGUCAAGAAGUCUGUCCAGUUUGCCGAGGACGAUGCGCAGCCCAACGAGGAUGAGGACAAGAUGGAACCAGUUGAGAUCAAUGAAGAGAAAAUUGACAGGCUUCUGCAUUUGCUGCACGAAGCCAAUCCCGAGGAUCCCACCCAGGAUACUCCCGAAAUGCUGGCUCUGGAGCAGCAGGUCAAUCAAAUGGGACCUCUUAUUGAUGCCGAACUCGAACGAGUGGACAGGAAACAUGCUCAGUUGACACAGUUGAGCAGCGAUCUCGUCGAAGCAAUCAAUCUCUAUCAUACUCUGAUGCGCGAACCAGAAAAACCCAGCUACAUGGGAGCCUUCAGCCAGCAACCUCCGUCUAUGUACCAUCUGCCCCCAUCUGGCAUGCCGGGAAUGUACGGAAUGCCCCCUGGAAGUCUCUACCAGAUGCCCCCAGUGUCCGGUGGUCCCGGAAUGCCGCCGGGGAUGCAUAUGAUGCCGAGUGGCCCUAUGUCGCACCCGCAGCAUGUGCCACCGCCGCAGCAUAUGCUGCAUCAGGCAAUGGCGGGAAUGAGCCUGGCCUCCACCAAUGUCACUCCGUCUCUGCCGCCGCAGAAUCCACAGCAGCCGCCGGCGCCAGUGCCGCCUCAGAUGCAAAAUGGACAUUCCACGGCGAUGCCGCCGAGUUCGGGUCAAGUGCCGCCGCCUGGGCACAAUUUCCCACCGCAGAGCUUGCCGCCGGCAUUUAGCAAUGCUCAGCCGCCGCCACAGACGGGCUAUGUAUCCGUGGCUCAGACUCAGGGGCAGAUGACACAGCCACAGAUGCCUCUUGUGCAAUCCCAGAUGCCGCCGCAGAAUGUGCAGCCGCAGUUUUCGCAGGGGCCGCCGCUUAGUCAUCACAUGAUGAUGCGGCCGCUGCCACAGACGGCGCCGAUGCCUGGAGGAGUACCCAUGCCGGACAAAACCAACAUUCCCGUCUAUCAGCAGCAACGGUAAAGUCCCUGAUUCUUUAUUAUCCCCAUCCAUCAUCCUCAAGCUCCAUUUUCUUUUCGAAAUAUCAUCUUCCUUUUCCUGAAGAGACCUGCACGAGAUUAAAAACAUCCUUUUCCUUCUUCUUCUUCUUCAUCUUCUUCUGAUUAAAUUGUGUUGUAAAAAAAUUUUGGCGAGUCCUGCAAAUCUAUCAUUUCCUUGAAGCCUCCCCUUAGGGUAUUCUUAUUAAAUGUAGGAGAUUCAUUGAGAGCUAAGGCAAAAGAUUAUUAUGAUGGAGAAGUCAGUGGCUAGAGUUUAUUUGAAAUGACGAAGAAUAUUGCAGGAUGUUGCAUUCGUCUCUAUGUAAAAUAGAUUACUUGAUAUUUAACUAUAUACUGUAAAAGCUAUUAUUGAUAUAAUCAGAUUAUUGACUAAAUAAAUAGCAUUUUAAACAUUA